CCUCUGUCUUUUCCUGUUUCCGGUUAUGGAGGUCUGACCAAAAGACAUUUAAACGCUGCUGAGCCCCCAAAAAAAAAAAACACGACAAUCGUCACCUUAGGAAAUAUCUAAACAGAUUUAAUCAAACACAUACAUCAAGAUGCCGGUGGCUGUUGGUCCUUAUGGUCAGACCCAGCCCAGCUGUUUUGACCGGGUCAAAAUGGGCUUCAUGAUGGGGUUUGCAGUAGGCAUGGCUGCUGGCGCCAUGUUCGGCACUUUCUCCUGUCUAAGGAUCGGCAUGCGAGGCAGGGAGCUGAUGGGAGGCGUGGGGAAGACCAUGAUGCAGAGCGGGGGGACGUUUGGCACGUUCAUGUCAAUCGGUAUGGGAAUCCGCUGCUGAGGAAGACGAGGAACAACCUCCCCCGCCUCCACACAUCUGUACAGCUAUGGGACUCUUCCUGUUAUUCUGUCCACGGCUCUCUGUCUGCUAGAAGCUGUCACAACUUCAACCGGCUCGUCUCAUUUUGUCAAUAAAAGUUCUGUUCUGUC